AUGCGUAUUGUUGAUUCACUUUACAUCUUCUCUGGAUUUCCACAUCCUCAGCAUUGGCCCCUUAUUCGGGUGUCAGGGCUUGAAACCACUUGUGAGCGAGAUCAACGUCUGUGUUUCAAGGUCCAGUCUACAGUUGACUUCCAAUUGAUGAUGAUUUUCAGCGACAUGCCCAAAAGCAGCUUCCUCAUUCUCCCAGUUUUAGGCUAUCACAGAGCCGCUAUCUCACAUUCGACCAAGACACAGAGACCGGAGACUUAA